UCUGAUUAACAUUCUGCCAUUCACGUUUUUAUUGAUAGUGUAAUAAAAUGUCACCUUUCUUGUCCUCUUAACACAUAGGUGUCUGCAGAACAUGAACCACACUAGACAGAUGGGGGACCUGUACGGAGGUCAGUUCCCUGUCCUAACCACCUCAGAGGACUGCCUUUACCUGAAUAUCUACACACCAGUCAAACCUGGGGACCCAAGGAAACUACCAGUGAGGAGAGACAUGAGAAUGUACUCAUAUCUACCUCAAGAGGUUCCUCAGCACUGGAGAUGGCCAGUACCCCGGAAUGUGGGUGUUCUGGACCAGGUGUGUGCCCUGUGCUGGGUGCAGGAGACCAUCAGCAGUUUUGGGGGAGACCCAGGAUCUGUCACCAUUUUUAGAGAGUCUGCUGAUGCACUGUCUGUAUGUAGGCUUACUUUGGGCACUGAUCCAUGGUUCUGUCUGUCAUCAGGACUGUUCCACAGGGCCAUCAGUCAGAGUGGAGAACCCCUCAUC